UGUAUUGUUUGAAAAUUUUGAAAUUGAUGUUGUUUGUUUUGCAGUGCAUUGAAAUACGAAUAAAUUACUGUAUAGCCGUUAUUAUUUAACAAGUAACUUUAAAAACUAGAAAAAUGAAUAUUCCUUUCCCAGUUUUGACUCCGCGUUUAGUAGACCCCUUGUGGUUUAACGCAGAUAGUCCAUGUGACGAAGAAACUGAGUUAACUGCUUUGGAACAAGCAAACCAACUUUGGUUGAACUCUAUUGGCCAGCAGUACAUGAAGCGUGCCCCACUUGGGAAAGCUGAUCCUGAGCCUAUGGAGGAAGAAGCAGACACUGACGAGGAGGAAGGUAAUGAUGAAUCAGACGAAUCUGAGGAAUCUCAUGAUGAAGAUGAAGAGGAGGACGUUCCAGCUUCAUACUCCCCUGCCCGGAACAAUAAUGAGUUGGAACCGGACAGCUUAGAUGAUAUCAACGAUGGAACUGAUCUCAACAGCUCCGAUCAAAGUGCACUAUGGCCUAUACAAUAGCUAGUAUUAAAUAUUAGACUUUUAAAUUGGUGAUUUUAAAGGCAGAUUUUACUUUGAAUCUGGUAGUCAGUGUAUGUCUUUUUCGUUGUGAUUUUGAUCUUGCGUAGCCUGCCUUUGAGUCAUAUAGUCAAAUAUAUUGUCACCAUUAUGUGUAAGAAUCUAUUUAUUGCAACAUACAUUGUUUUGACUGAACAUAAGGACUAAGAUUAAUGUAUAAAUAAAACCUCUUUUUAAAAAAAGGGAACCAUCU